UGAAAGGCGGUCUCCGAAAGCACCUAAUCGAGCAAGGGCUUGAAACGAAGGGUGGGAAGCCCAAAGUCGAAGAGAUCGACGACGGCCCAAUAAAGACUCGUAGCGCAAAGGCAUCGACACAAUCUCCAUCGAAGAAAAAGGCAAAGGCAAAAGCCAAGUAUCAAAACGAUGACGAAGAUGACGAUGCAUAUUUUGCUCGAAUAGCAGACGGCCUAAAUCAUUCUGGUGACAAGGAUGUUGCCGAAAUGAAUCGGGAACACCAAUUGAAGCAAGCAAUCUGCUCUCAUCCAUAUCUCUUCGAUUGGCCAGUAGACAAAAACGACCAGUAUAUUCUGGAUGAGCAACUAGUGAACUCGAGUGGGAAAAUGCUAUUGCUCAAUCAACUACUCGAUGAACUGUUCCGAAGGAAGCACAAAGUCCUUGUGUUCAGUGAAUGCAAAAGCGAUUUUCUUCUAUUGACACCAGGUUUAGAGGACUGGGCAGUCGAAUUUAAGGGUUGGGAGAUCUGUCGAAUAGACGGAAAGACUAGUCCGCAUGAAAGAAGAUCAGAAAUGGAUCGCUUCAACGAAGGAGGGGACUCCCCAACUGCGCCCAUUCUAUUCCUUUUGAGCACACGAUCUGGUGGGCUUGGUAUCAACCUCGUGGAAGCUGAUACGGUUAUCUUUUAUGACCAAGACUGGGUGGGUAUCAUAAAUGUAGUCACCAGACAAAAGAAACCGGUGCUUGUUUUCCGCCUUGUUUCCCAGCAUACGAUCGAAGAAACAGUACUUCAGCGGGCCGCUGAGAAGCGUAGAUUGGAAGCGCUAAUCAUCGCUAAAGGUCAAACUACAAAGAGUAAAGAAUCCAUUCGUGAACUCGCCCAACAACUCCUGGAAUUGGAAGGGGAGAAGAUAAAUGUGGUCACCGAGAGUGAUCAGAUUAUAUCAGAUAAUGCAUUGAACGCCUUAUUGGAUCGUAGUCCUGAAGUAUUCUCUGGACGAAAAACAGGUUGGACCUCCAAGGAAGCCGUCAAAGCGACAGAUGGCAAGAAGAAGAAAGAGAAGGGUGAUGCCACUUUCGAGGUUUACGAGCAGAAGUUGGACGAAGCGUCAGAAGGACUUGCCAAACUUAUGGGAGAGGAUGCCGGCAAUUACGACUAA